AUGUCGUUAUUUACCAAAUUAGUCUACACGUUUUCCUGCAUUGCCAUCGCAGCUGGCAGUGCGGACGACUAUGGCCUCGGCAUGAUCAUCAACUAUGAUGGCGACAUUGACUCCAGCACCAUAAGUGAUGGACUCAAGGCACCCAACGCAACUGGCCGAAUUCCCAUCAGCGGACCAAACGUCACGGAGGUAUAUCCGGGGACCAUGAUCGAUGGCGACGGAGACCAGAACGGCUGGGAGCUCAGCAUCGACGUCACUGCCAACGUGCCAAUCACUGAUGGGUCCAAAGCUGGCCGAUUCAUCUCGGCCGCCGGACUCAAGCUCCUCCCCCCCGCAGAACUCGUUCAAGACUUUGGGAAUGGGACGGAGAUCUUGAAGGCGGAUCGGGACUCAUGGGUAACUUGUUUCACCGUCUUCGGCAUGGACGGAGUCUCAUCUCCAAUAACGUCGGAGUGUACCGCCAACAUACAGAGGGCCGUUGCAAACGACCAGCGGAUCGUCAGUGGAAGCAACUGCGCUUAUUUCUGGCAGGACUCGGGCGUGAAAAGGGAAUGUCCCUGGGUCGGGGACUCAUAUGGGGCCGCAUAUAGCUUCACGGAUAGGUUCCUCGCCACCUAUGGAGUCACUUACUGGUCCGACACUGUGGACAAAGCUGAUAACUUAUCGGACUAUAACAACUUCGGUACUAGAUCGUACCCGGUUGUUAUAACCUGGGCUCAUACGAACACGACCCUUGGGGCUCUUUCAGAGGAUCAUGUUCAGGUCGUCCUUGCACGAGCCGGGACGACUACGCCGGGCAGUAAAGUGGCUGGGGGUAGUAGUCUGAAAGUAGGCAUCGUUGGUAUGGCGUUAAGUACGGUCGGGGUUGUAUUUGUACUUUUAUGUUAG